AUGAAACAUAUUUCAUAAAAUUCAUAGAAUUAGUAAUUUGUCACAAAGAGCUUCAAUGACAUCCCAUUUACUAUUUAUAAUCGAUAUUAAGGAAUUAAAUUAUUGGGUGCAGGUUCAUAUGGAACAGUUUUGUUAGCUUUGGAUACCCAUACUAACACUAAAGUUGCAAUUAAAAAAUUAAAUCCAUUAGAGGAUAUUAUAGAUGCCAAAAGAAUGUUGAGAGAAAUAAGAAUAUUAAGAGCUAUGGCUCAUCCUAAUAUUGUUGCAAUUAAAGCUGCUAUCUAUGAUAAUGUAUCAUAAGAAAGUGAUUAUUUUGGCACUGUCUAUUUGGUAUAAGAAUAUUUUUAGGCUGAUCUACACAGAGUUCUUAAAAACCCAAAAGAUCUCACUGAUGAUCAUGUAUAAUUUAUAAUGUAUUAUAACCAAUCCUAUUAUAGGUAUUAAUUAACUAAAGGAGUGGCAUAUUUACAUUCAGCAUCCAUUAUACAUAGAGAUAUCAAACCAUCAAAUAUAUUAGCAAAAGAUGAUUGUUCAAUAAGUUUAUGUGAUUUUGGUCUCUCUAGAUAAAUUGAAGAAUAUGAAGAAGAAGAUAAUAAAAAAGCAUAAAAUUUUACAGAAUAUGUUGUCACAAGUAUAAAACAAUAUAAAUUAUUAUAUAGGAUAUUAUAGAGCACCAGAGAUAAUGGUUUCUUCUUAAUAAUAUUCAUUUCCAAUUGACAUUUGGUCAUUAGGUUGCACUUUUGCGGAAAUAUUAAAUGAAGGAAAGGUAAAUUAUUAUAAAAAAACUAUUAGGUUCUCUUUAAAGGCAAAACUUAUGUUUAAAUGGUUAAAAUGAUCUUUGAAACACUUGGUAAACCUGUUUAGGAAGACCUGGAUUAAUUUAUUAAGAAUAAAAAUGCAAUGGAAUUUGUUCAAUCUCUACCAAGUGUACCACCAUAAUCAAUCAAGAAAUUAAUUGAUUAUUCUAAUCCACUAGCCAUAGAUUUAUUGGAUAAAAUGCUUGUAAUCAAUCCUCAUAAAAGAAUCACAGCACAAGAAGUAUGAUAAAUGAUUAAAUCAGGCCUUAAAUCAUCCUUAUUUUAAAGAUAUUAGAGAAAAAACUGAAGAAACACCAUAUAAAGGGCAAGCUGAUUUUACAUUUGAAAAUGAUGACACAAUUAGUUUUGAAUAGAUGAGAAUUAUGAUACUCGAAGAAUUAAAUAAAUUAGGUGAAAAGAUAGAUAUUCAUGAUGAAAUGGAAAGAUUAAAACAACUUAGAGAAAAAAGGAGAGCUUAAAAAUUAAAAAAGUGA